AUGACUAGAGCUGCAACGCAGAGGAAGAUCCAGGGGAUUAAAAUCAGUUCACAUAGUCCUUCGAUUAACCAUCUUCUAUUUGCUGAUGAUUCACUAUUCUUCUCAUUAGCAAAUCCAAAAAAUGGCAGGGCUAUCAAACAGAUUCUGCAUCAGUAUGAGAAGGUUUCCGGUCAAGCAGUUAACCUAAACAAAUCUUCAAUAACCUUUGGCAGUCGGGUUAAAGAUCACGUUAAAACACAGAUGAGAUGCCUCUUAGGUAUACACAAUGAAGGUGGUGGAGGGAAAUAUCUUGGUAUCCCUGAGCAAUUUGGAAGGAAGAAAGCUGAGAUUCUGAAGUAUGUCACUGAAAAAGUCAAAGCAAAAACCCAAAGAUGGCAAAAUAAAUUUCUAUCUCCAGCUGGUAAAGAAGUACUCAUCAAAUUUGUGGCUUCGGGGACACCUGUAUACCCUAUGAAUACUUUCAAAUUACUGAAGAGUUUCUGUGAUGACAUUAAUAAUAUCUUGGAAAAGUUCUGGUGGGGAAAGGAUGAUGGCAGUAAAGGAAUGCAUUGGUUUGCUUGGGAUAGAAUGAGUCAACCAAAAAAAGAAGGAGGAAUGGGAUUCAGAGACAUUGAAAAAUUCAAUGAUGCCUUACUUGGGAAGCAAGUUUGGCGUAUCCUAACCAAACCAAACAGCUUGAUGGCUCGUGUUCUCAAAGGGAGGUAUUUCCCAACAUCUUCUAUUCUUACUGCACGAGAAACAAAACAGAGCUCCUAUAUUUGGAAAUCAUUACUACACGGGAGAGAUUUGAUAACAAAAGGAGUUCGUUUUGUUAUUGGUAGUGGCAACAUGAUUGAUACUUGGAAUGAUCCUUGGUUACCAACUACACCCCCAAGGCCACUGGCACCACUCUCUGAUCAAACUGGAAACGGCAAGGUCUCAGAUUUUAUACGUCAAGAUCAAAAGGAAUGGAAUGAGGAGCUAGUUCGCAAUACAAUGAACCAUGAUGAUGCGGAAGAAAUACUUGCCAUUAGGUUGUGUUCAUCAUCUGAAACUGAUCAACUAGUCUGGCACUAUAACAAAACGGGGGAUUUAUACCGUCAAAUCAGGAUACUGGCUUGCUACACAUACUCCGAGUAA